AGAACUGCUGCACCGGUAGUGCGCUGCGAGGAAUUCCGAGAGGGUGUUGCUAAUGAGCACAGGUGGCGCACGUUGAGGUGGCAGUGCAGAGCUUUCUCAUGAUGACAACCAUUUUAUCCAAAUAUUCAAUGUCCCAAAGCGUAAAAGGGAAAGUUGACGAAUACAUUUUUGUAGGCUUGGGCACUUGCCGAAGUCGUUCACUGGAACAAUUCCUCGCGCCCGAUGCUGAACGCCAAACGCGAGUCUGUCACGUCAACUGCCGCUGAGGUCACAUUGCCUACUGUAAACGCGCUACCCCUUGUCUUUUCUCUGGCGGAAGGAAGCAAAUUGAAAGACUUCACAUUACCCAAAGUGAAAUUGCGCACUGAUAACGGGAAGACCGUAUACGUUACUACUGGAAACAGAGAUUGUGGGGUGACCGAAGGCGCAUACUGAACUAUGGAGAUGUAUACUUUGCGGAAAUUUGGCACCUUGCUGUCACUUGCAUUUCUCUUGUAUUUUCCAGGUGUGCUGGCCCAGAUCCAGAUGCCCCAGAGUAUCAUGAAGGUGAUUGAAGGUCAGAAGGUGGUGCUGCAGGCCUGGUACAGCACCAGCUACAGCAUCGGCAAGAACACCGUCCUCUGGAACUUUGUAGCCAAUAACUCUCAACUGAUAAUCUCCUACACCCUAGACUCAAUUAGUUUAGGCAGCCCGCAGUUUGAGGAGCGAGUGGGCUUCACAGCCACCAUGCCCUCUGCCAACCUGUCUCUGUACAUCAACAACACGAAGGAGUCAGACUCGGGACGCUACUUCUGCCAGGUCAUCAUCCCCGGGGCCCAGGGCUUGACCGGGGAACUUAUCCUCAACGUCAUUGUCCCUCCUGCUGUACCAGAGUGCGCUCUGUCGGGGAAGCCAGUUCUGAAAGGCAACGUCACGCUGAGCUGCAAGUCCAAGUCAGGCAAGCCCAUCCCCAUGUACAAGUGGCAGAAGACCAGCCCCACAUCUGAAGUCUUCUUCUCUCCCAUGCUCAAUGAGAAGACAGGCACCCUGAAGCUGAGCAACCUGAGCAGCAACAUGUCGGGGAAGUACGUGUGUUUGGCCAGCAACACGGCCGGCACAAAGAGAUGCUACAUCAACCUGGAGGUCAUCACCUCGACCAACGCAGGGAGGAUUGCUGGGGCCACGGUGGGCUCGGUGCUGGGCGUAAUCUUCCUCAUCCUCUUCCUCGUUGGUCUCCUGAGGAGAAGGAGAGACUCUGAGGAGGACCUGGCCAAUGACAUCAAGGAGGACGCUCAGGCGCCCAAGCGCGUCUCGUGGGCCAAGAGCGGCGGCUCUGGCUCGGACGUGGUCUCCAAAAAUGGCACACUCUCCUCCAUCACUACCGCCAACAGGCCCCACCAGAGGGAGCCCUCUUCCCAGCUAUAUCCCCACCGCCCUCCCUCUGACACCACCUCCAUCAUCAUUGCCACAGGCAGCGUCUCUGGCUACCUCCUCGGGCCGCGCGAUGGAGCCUCCACACCCACCCAUGGCCACGCCCUGCCGGGCUACAACACUGAUACAACCCUGACCCACGGACAACUGUCUAAUUCUGCAGCACCCAGUGCCAACGUUAGUCCCAGAACCCAGCACCCACAGAGCUAUACCCAGCCCCAGACAGCACGUCCAGCCCCGCGCCCGCCACCUCUGCCCACUGUCGUGACCGCGUCCAACAUUUCCCGCAUGGGAGGGGUUCCCAUCAUGGUGCCAGCUCAGAACCAGGCCGGCUCGCUGGUGUAGUGCCAGUCUGUCGUGGUGCAGUGUCCCUUUACCCUUCAACUGUACUUACUCACAUAGAUUUUCAAAAGGAAAAGAUUAAAAUGCCACAAAGAUAUAGCUAACUCGAGGAUUAAAGCUUGAAUUGGCCAUCGAAGAUGGAGCGUUUGACCUGCUCAAAAUGCAGUGAGAUCAUUGGUAAGACCUUAAGAGAUGUUGCUACACAGGGCUAAUUUAUUUAAUGAAGUAUACAGAAGUACAUUGUAUUAAAAUGUUUUUUAUUCUCCAUAUGUAUACAAAAUAUGUACAGAUCUGGAUUUCAUACAUUUGGGAAGUAUUUCGUAUUUUUUCUAUUGCACAUUCAAUCAGUGUAUUUUUUUUACAAAGUUUUCCAAUGCAACUAUUUAAGUCAUCAGUCUUUCUCUGACAAGAUUGUAUUCACUCUAUCACGUCCUAUCAAGGCCAUUGUAUGAUGUCACUUUCAAAACGGGGACUUGACAAGAUGUCAUGGCACACUGGUGCUAGAUCCCCUGAUUUUACUUCUUUGUGCAUUCCUGCAGAUGGAUAUGACAAUUUAGAUUAUGAAGGACCAAGUUAGUUAAAAUAGAUUGAAGAACAGCAUAUUAUUCAUUUUAUUCUAACUUCUCAAAUGAGUGUAAACAAAUAUGGUGGACUACUGCUGAAUACCUGCGUAGCAUCAUGCAGUUAAGAGAAGAAACUGACUGAGCAUACUAGGUUGAACAUUUGCUAAUAGAUUUUCUAAAUGCAAAGUACACUUUUUGCAUUUUCAUGUAUCUUGUUUCAAACUUCAUGACAAUUCUCUUUAGACACAGCUCUUAAAACGUAUGUCUUUUACCACAUAGGAAUAGCUUUUCAUAUUAUGUAAAAUACAAUUUGACACAUUUUGUCAAUUAAGAUUGAGACAAUUAAGACUAAGAUUAUGGUUACACCAUCGAGCUGUAAUGAUUUUGGGUCGCUCUCUGCAAGGAAAUUGUAAAUAUGCUUUCAAUUGUAUUUGAGGCUGUUCAUUAACACUUGUGACUGACUGGAUACAAAAGCAGUUUCUACUUGUCAACAUCCCAAGCCGACAAGUUAAUUGAUGGAUAUAGACCCAAAUGUCAUCAUAUCAAAUGAGUAAGAUGAGGCACUUGUUUGAAAUGGAGGAGGAGGUGUGAUGGUGUGGGGGUGCUUUGCUGGCGACACCGUCUGUGAUUUUAUUUAGAAUUCAAGGCACACUUAACCAGCAUGGCUACCACAGCAUUCUGCAGCGGUACACCA